UUGCCAUAUGGCGUUCUCAGGGUUAAAACAGCUGUAGAGAGAUUUAACCAUACGUUUUCGUCUAAUUUAAACGCUGUCAAGAUGAUGCACAUGUUGAUUAGUUUAGCUUAUCUCGUAACUUUUCUGACUUUUAGAGUGUCCUAUGGUUACCUGGAACUAAACCCACCCAAGGCUGUGGUGAGAUUUGGGGAUCCUGUGUCAGUGAACUGCAGCACCUCCACUGAACAUUAUGGCAUGGGCUGGGAGGCCCCUGCGGGAAGUCUAGAACGGAGGGACGAUGUUGAUGUGAUCACCUGGACAGUUCCAGAGCUGACUGACUGGGACAUAGAGCCAAUAUGCUUCAUCAACACUGAUGAUGGACAGCACAACAAGACUCUUUCAAUCAUUGUCUAUAAGACUCCAGACAGUGUGUCCAUCAGUUAUGUAAAUCACACAGGCCCAGUGAUGGAGAAGACACAGUAUGAGCUCCAGUGUGACAUUAAGAACAUCGCUCCUCUUCAGUAUCUCACUGUGAGGUGGUACAAAGGACAGACUCUAGUGGACAGUCAAAUAUUUACUGAUGACUCCAAGACUCCAGUGAAUGUUUCUGUUCCACUCCUAAUCACUCCCAGUAGAGCUGAUGAUGGAGCUCAGUACUGGUGUGAGGCAGAGCUGGACCUGGGAGCAGAAGGACCUCAACCUCCUCCUACAGUACAGGCUGAGACUUUAAAUGUUGAAGUGUGUUAUCCCCCCUCUAUAGUCUCCUUACCAAGUGAUAAAGGGGUCAUUGAACUAGGAGAUGCUGGAAUCACCCUUAAUUGCACAGCCAUAGGAAAUCCUGCACCUGUGUAUAGCUGGAACUCCACACUUUUGCAAGAGAAAACAGAUCAACCAACCAUUACCUCUGCAUCUCUCAGACCAGGGAAUUAUACCUGUUCUGCCUCCAACAAGCUAGGCAGAGUUUGGAAGCACUUCAGUGUCAAAGCCAAGCCAAGAGCAUCACCUGGUCACCCGUCGUCGACCCAACCCCGCCCCCUCCGCAGAGGAGAUCGGGGUCAGUACACCCAGGUCAUCCGAGGAGCGAAAAUAAUUAAUCGCACGGUGGCUGUAUCAGUGACAUUACAAUUGGAUUUAUUAUCCAGCAAGCAAUGUGAAGAGGAGAAUAUUGAUGGCGUGUCAAGGCUGUAUAUCAAUAAGGCGUCUGGAUACAACAUUGGAAAUUACACAUGCAUUGCUACAAAUAAGUUUGGGAACACCUCUAGCUCUGCCCGAGUUCUCGUACGAGGUGCUGAGACAUUGUGUCCCCUUCAGCUUAAUCAGUCCAGUAUAGUGGUGAAACACAAUGAGCCCUUCUCAGUGAAUUGUAGCCUGCCGUCAGGAGCCACAGGGGAAAUUACCUGGAUGCUUUCGAAUCGAGAAAUUCACAGUUCAGUCUUUGAAUCUGGGAAUUUUCACUGGAACGACACCAUUAUGUGCUCUGCAACAAUUGUAGGACUUGGCCAAUGUCACAAGAAUGCAAGUGUCACAGUUUAUAAGACUCCAGACAGUGUGUCCAUCAGUUAUGUAAAUCACACAGGCCCAGUGAUGGAGAAGACACAGUAUGAGCUCCAGUGUGACAUUAAGAACAUCGCUCCUGUUCAGUAUCUCAGUGUGAGGUGGUACAAAGGACAGACUCUAGUGGACAGUCAAACAUUUACUGAUGACUCCAAGACUCCAGUGAGUGUUUCUGUUCCACUCCUGAUCACUCCCAGUAGAGCUGAUGAUGGAGCUCAGUACAGGUGUGAAGCAGAGCUGGACCUGGGAGCAGAGGGACCUCAACCUCCUCCUGUAGUGAAGUCAGAGACUCUUAACAUCACAGUACACUAUGCACCUGUCAUCAAUACAACCAAGUUGCCUUCAGUGGUACCGGUCAUCAGAGGGUAUUCGGAAAACCUUAUCUGUGAAGCAGACGGAUCCCCACCACCAGAAAUCGUGUGGAUGCGUGACAACAAAAUCAUUGUUAAUGACAGCAACCUUGUGAUUACAAACGCGAGAGCUGAAAGCGUAGGGUUUUACAUCUGCAACGCCUCAAAUAUGCACGGCAGCAAUAGCACAACAGUGAAAGUGGUAUUGAAAGAGGACUACCUGCCGCUCAUAGCAGGAUUUGUGGCAAUCAUGGUAGCGGUCAUCAUAGUUGGCUUCACCAUCAUUUUCUCCAUCUACUACAAAAACACCAAGAUGGGUCAUUACAGCCUGAAGAAUGCCAAACCCAACCCGCAAAAUGGCAACAUAGCUCAAAAUGGCAAAGAAAACACCCUUCCCAUGACGAAACUGUCUCUACCACAGAGUGUAAACCCAGCUUAAUAGUCUCAUCAGACCAUCAGUCACUGGACCAGAGACGGGUUUCAGUCUUCAGCUCCCAAAGCUGACUGGACUCAUGAUGGUACAGGCUUUGGUUCUGAAGCCCCUAGCUGUACCCUGCCUUUUUUGGGCUCGCUCUUUCUUUUUUUACCUUUUCCCAUUCCCAUAAAGUUGCCAGUCAUCCUCACAGAAGCAUGUUUUACUACUGUCUUUUUCUUCUGUCUUGGCCAAGUCUGAGUGAAGUAUUUUCUCCUUUUUUUUUCCUUUUUCUUUAUUGUACCAGAGGAGAUAAACGUAUAAACUUCUGAAACUACUGCCAAAGAAAUGAUAAGGAAGCACCACGGGAUAAGAGAUUUCAUUUCUUCCCAUUGUCUUAUUGUUGCAAAUACUGUUUAAAUGAAUAGGAAAUUGCAGG